UUGCCUCUAGGAUAAAGAAGGUAAAUAUACAGAACAAUAUUAUGUAAUGGGAAAAGCUGCUUUGUCAAAAGAUGAAGCUUUUAAUAUGGAGAUUUGCGAUGAAUGCUUAUACACUUCUGAUUUGCUAACUGAAGAAACAACAAAAAAGCAGCUUUUCUUUUUUUACAUUAUCUUUAUUUCUUGGUUAUUUACUCUUUAUUCUUUAGGGCUGCUUUCUAAUUCAUUACGUAUUUUUGAUAAAUAAAGUUGCUCAUUGAACAUAAAAAGCAAAGUCUCUGUGUGUUGUUUAAAAAAAAAAAGUUUAUUUUUGUGCUGCCAAAGGUCAGGACAAUUGACGUAAUGGGCAUUGGUUGAUCUAUUAUAUAAAGGAUUUACGUCUUUUUUUUUUUUAAUUAAAUCAUUUGCUAUCUCAAUGCAUCGUACUAAUAGUAAUCCUAAUCGUCCACAAAGACGUCGAUCCUUCAAAGGAUGGUUAAAACGGAUGACUCUUCCAAACAAUCAGCGAAGAAUUGAACCACAAGUGAAAGAGGGUGUCUUUGGUGUCCCAUUAAAUGUCUCUAUUGAAUAUGCCAAGACAACAGUUGGAUAUAUCGAUGAGGAUGGUGUAAAACAUUCUAAAGCAGGAUCAAUACCUAUUGUUGUUGCAAAAUGCGGAUCCUUUUUGAAAAAGAAUGGAUUGGAGACUGAAGGCAUAUUUCGUGUAUCAGGAAAUAUGAAGCGAGUGAACGCAUUAGAAUUUCAAUUUGAUCAAGGUGCUAGUCAUUAUGGGUUAGACUUUAAUUGGGAUGGCUACACUGUGCAUGAUGCAGCAAACUUGUUAACACGUUACUUGAACAAAUUGCCUGAACCAGUAAUUCCUACCGAAUACUAUCUCGCCUUCCGUGAUGUCAUGAAUAAUAAUGUGUAUCAUACUACAGAAGAAAGAAUUGAUGCUUUUCAAGCCUUAAUUCAAGACUUGCCUUCGCCCCAUCGACAUCUCUUACUUUACUUAUUGGAUACCCUGAGUCUAUUCGCCGCUAAUGCUUCACAGACCAAGAUGACCACUUCUAAUCUAGCUGCUGUAUUCUGUCCAGGUAUCCUGAGGCACCCUGAUUACAACACGCCCAUACAAUACAAGAUAUCUCAGUGCGUCAUUGAAUUUCUGAUUGAAUUCCAGUCCUUGUUCACUAUUCAGCUAUUAGAUAAAAAGAAAAGGAUGUCGACAGCAUCUAGCGAAGAAGUUCCCUGGCUAGUACCAUCUAUGCAUCAGCCCACACCUCCUUUUCCCUUGCGUGUGGUCAAUGGUUCAGUCCAUAGCAAAUCUUCAGAAGAAAGUCCAAUGGCCUUGGUAAGCUCUCCUACAGGGAUCGAUGGCAAGCAAGCGACGACAACGUCAAGAGAAAUCAAUCAGCCUCUUACACAAAAACUCAAAGAUACUGUUGGCCCAUGGAUAGCUAGAAUGGCAGGUUUACUCGUUUGUGGACCGGCUGCGUUCCUUCUAGCAGGGGUUGCUAGUUAUGAAGCAUAUCUUGCCUUGACACUUCACAAAUUAACUGAGCCCCUUAUUUUCUUUGCCGGGCUGGCCUCUUAUUAUACUUUACUUAUCAUCGGCUUGUUCGGAAGUAUAAGUCUAGACGAUCCAGCUUCUGAAGAAGCCAUGCGUCAGGACCAAACCCUUAUGUCCGAGUGGCGAGAUCUGUUGACGCGAUCUUGGAAGACAGAAAAGGAAGAUGAAUGUUGUUCAACCAUGAGUCAGUCUAGUCGAUUUAAUGAGGAAGAAGAGCAGUCUAGUGAAGAAGAGGAGGAUGAGAUGGAAGAAAGUGACAUGGGGUUUGAUCCUGCCACGUUAGAAAUGUACUUGUCUCAGUAUGAUCAAAUUAAAAAAGAUGCGGAACUAGCUAAAAAACUGCAAUCUGAGGAGCAAAAAGCAAGAGAUGUACAUAAUCCUUUUGUUAAUGAGAAACAAGUAUCCAAUGACAAAGAAGUAUGGAAAAUCAAAACAUUCUCCAAGGAAACUUGAUCCAAAAUAUAUUCUAUUCUUAAUAAAGUUAUAUGCUAUAUUUAUAUAUAUGUCUCCUGUGUUCAAGGGGAGCUAUAUAGAAAGAGGAGAUGUACAUCU